AUGACGAAAAUCGUUACCCGCAAGAACAUCCGGACCAUGCCGGCCGAGGUGCGUGACAACCUCGUCAGAGCAUUCGCAGGUAUUCAAAAGCUUGACCCAACCGAUCCAAAUUCAUUUUUCAUGAUCGCUGGCUACCACGGUGAGCCCUUCCGUGGCGCCGGCUGGGGCAAUCCCCAAUGGUGGGGAGGAUACUGCAACCAUGGCAAUGUCCUCUUCCCAACAUGGCACCGUGCCUAUCUUCACCGUCUUGAGAGGGCUCUGCAAACUAUCGUCCCUGGUGUGGCUAUGGCCUACUGGGAUGAGACUGAGGAGUGGUCUCUCAAGAAUGGUAUUCCCGAAUUCUUCCUUACGCCUACGUACACUUGCGAGAACGGAGAGGUGAUUGAUCCCAAUCCCCUCCACUCGUACACCUUCCAGGCAAACAUCACUGAUCAUCUUUCCCCUCUUCCCGACACCAAUUACUCCAAAGGUGUCGGUUACCAGACCGUGCGCUACCCAUUCUCUGGCCUCGUCGGCACCCCCAAGCUGAAGAAGAAGAGCGAGUUUCACAACAAGCAGCUCACAGAGCUAGGUGUUGACGAGACAAACAAGAUGUUGAACUUGAACAUCCUCACCUGGCUCAAUCAGGUAGACUUUCAAAACAACAAGGGCAAGACUAUCAAAGCCAAUGUCAGCUACAAGUACGGUGCUUGUCUCAAUGCACCCAACUACACUGUCUUUUCCAACACAACUUCUGCUCAGCAGUGGAAUGACGACAGAAUUGAUAACAAAGGCUAUGUUCCCAUCGUGCCGCUCGAGUCUCCCCAUAAUUCUAUUCACUUAGCUGUUGGCGGCUUUCAGCUCAAGAAGCAACAUUCAGACUUCAACCAAUAUAGCGGAGCCAAUGGUGAUAUGGGCGAGAACGACACGGCCGCUUUUGAUCCAAUCUUCUUCUUCCACCAUUGCUUCAUCGAUCUCGUGUUCUACGAAUGGCAGAAGAAGAAUGACGCAUUAGAGUCGUUUGAAAUCAUUCACGGAUACCCGGGCACCAACUCCGUCGACAACCAAGGACCGACUCCUGGUGUCGCCGGCGGAACCUGGCUCACACUCGACAGCGCUCUAGAUCCGUUCAAGAAGCCCGGCAGCCAGACUGAUCCCAUGACCUCUCGCGACGUAGUCAACCCUCAGGCUCUAGGCUAUAAAUAUGAAUACAACAGCAGCUCUCCUAACAACUUCAACGCCGGCAAUCCCGACCUGUAUGUACCUGAAGACGAAGAUCCAACUCCAAUCCUUGCAGUCAGCAACAUCAACCGCUCCGCCAUCGGUGGUUCGUUUAUGAUCACCGCGUUUUCCAAAUCUGAGAUAAAUGAAGAGCCGGUGCUCGCUGGUACUGAGGCCGUAUUGAGCCGCUGGCAUGUUGCGGGUUGUGCCAAUUGCCAGAAUCAUCUUGAAGUCAGAACACAUAUCCCGCUUCAUGGAUGGAGCAAGGAGAAGGCUGAGAAUGCAGAGUUCGAGGUUAAGUUGCAGACACGUAAUCCAAAGGUUGCCAAUCAUGUCAACUUUGGGACCGUGCCUGACCAACAGCCCGCCCCAAGCUUCAGGCUUGUAACCUCGCAUAUGGAGUAG